ACGUGAGGAGGCAGAGGACAGGAAGCCGGUGAACCAAUCACAUGGCUUUCUGGAAAAAGGGGCUCCGGUCUAAAAGCUUUGCAGAGACCCAAACAGGUGGGGCUCCUUUUACACGAUCCCAGCGCGGAUUGGUCCACAUCAUCUCAAAGACGUAAGGGGGAGCAGCCAGGAGUUACGUGGCGUGUGUGUAACUGACUUUUGUUGUGUGUUACCUGGUAUAAAUAUCUUAAGGAGUCGUUAUUAUUACAGUGGAAAUUGAUGUGAAAAGUUACAUGUACAGUUUUCUGCAAGGGGAGACAAACAGAAUCGUAUCGCGUUCAGAAACCAGAAUUCCAGGCUGUCGGACCUCUCGGCUCAUCAGAAAAUAGCAGUGUGUUUGACCGGUGCUGACAGACGUACUCUGCUUUUAACCAAGUGUGAUCAUGACUGUGAAGAGAAGGUUUCUGAAGAAGGUGCUCCUGGUCCUUUCUGUGCUGCUGUGUGUUCCACACUGUCUGUCUGGGACCGGUACAGCGCGGUCCGCCCUCAUGGUGGUGGAGGGCAGUGAGCCGGACGGAGAGGCCCAGGUGAGCGAUGAUGAGGACCCAGAGGACCUGGAGGUGUUCCAGCCCACCGACCAGUGGCAGGAGCUCAGGCCAGGCCAGGCUGUGCCGGCAGGAUCCCACGUGCGCCUGGACCUCCAGACUGGGAAGAGGGAAGCCAAGCUGCAGGAUAGCCCGGGGGAGGAGGAGGAGGGGGGCAGGCAGGGCACGGUGAACACGGAGUCUCAGACCUUCACUGCUCAGGAGCUGAAGAAAGCUCUGAAACAUUUUAAAGAAGCUGCCGUGGUGCCCACUGAUGAGGAGAAGGAGGCAGCGGAGGCGCUGAGGGCUCAGUUCCGCCCCCUGGACGAGCUCAAGAGAGACAUGGAGGUGCUCGGUAUGAUGAUGGAGACGGACUUCCAGAUCAUGUCCCGCCUGCUACAGCAGUUCAACAGCUCUGCAGCCUCGCUGGAGGAGAGGGUCUCUGCACUGCGAGAGCUGGAGUACCUCGUACACCAGGUGGACAAUGCCCAGGAUUUCAUCACCAUUGGGGGUCUGCAGCUGGUCAUCGGCACCCUGAACAGCUCGGAGGCAGUGCUGCAGGAACACGCUGCCUUGGUGCUGGGCUCUGCACUCUCCAGUAACCCCGUGGUGCAGGUGGAGUCUGUGGAGGGGGGAGCUCUUCAGAAGCUGCUGCUGCUGCUGGCCACCGAGCAGCCCCUGCCUGUCAAAAAGAAGGCUCUGUUCGCCAUGGCCUCCCUGCUGCGUCACUUCCCCUUCGCUCAGCAGCGCUUCCUGAAGCUGGGUGGUCUGCAGGUGCUCGAGGCGCUGUUCCUCUCUUCAGGGGGGGCGUCCCUGCGUGUGCGAGCCGUCACCCUGCUCUACGACAUGAUCGUCGAGAAGGAGCUGAUCCUGCAGCAUGGUCUUGACCCAGUCCCCGAUGCCUCACACGAGGCCCGGCUCCGGCAGUACUCCCAGGUGUCUCUGCUGCCCCAGCUUGCAGAGCGAGGCUGGUGCGGUCUGGUCCCGGAGCUGCUGGCCUCUCCGGAGCACGACGUGCGUGAGAAGGCCCUGCGCGCGCUGCUCGCCAUGAUGCCACCCUGCCGGGAGCUGUACCGGGGGGACCGUGCGCUCGCCGGAGCCCUCAGCCUCCUGCAGGAGCAGUACCAGGGGCUGGCGGAGAGCGAGCGCGGCUUCGGAGACGAGGACGGCUACUUCGGGGAGCUGCUGGGCCUGGUGGACAGCAUGCUGGGAAAGCUGCGGUGACCCCCAGCUGGAGAACCUGCCUCCACUAAACCACUGCCCUCGUCUCACUGCGUCGCUCCCCUACGGCUUCACAAACACAAUGUGAUAAAUGUACUGUUGAGCAUGCUUGCCGAAGUGGAGCUGUGUUUAUUGCAGGGUUUGCAGUGAGGUGCUUUCACCUCCCUUCCUCGUGUCAUUCUGAUAUAUUGGGGUACACACAUUUCCUUAUGGAUCACCGUGGCUGCAAGUGUUAUCUUGCAAAAAAAAAAGAAAAAAGGGUUUUGUCAUGAUAGAAGUAAUGUAAACCACAUGUAAAUGUAAGACUUGUAUGUCUUGCUAUUAACCUCAUACAGCAGGGAUUGAAAUAGGUUAGUAUGAAGCAGUCAGUGUGAUAAACAGAAAGCAAUUCUAGCAACCAGGACUGGAACACUGAAGUGAAAUCGGCAUGGAGACCAUCAGACAAAUAUAAAAGGUGCCAGGCUGGGACUGCCUGUGGACUCAAUGGACACCCUCAAUACUAUGAACUUUGCACCGUGCCAACAUACUGUAUCAAGGACUUGCCUUUGUGUGGAAAAAAGGAAUUCAUUUGUACAGCUGUGUGGAAGCUUUUGUAAGUAAUAAAAUGAUGUAUGGA